UGGAAUACCUAAUUGAAUUUUCAAAAAUGUUCAAAAAAUGUUUAUGAUUAAAUAACCAAUUCAUUAGCUAAACUUAAUGACAAAAAAAUACUGUGCAAUAUAUAGUUCUAUAGUAAUUGAUAAAACAGUGUCUAUUUGUGUGUAAUCCAGAGCCUAAACUAUUGCAAAACAAAUGUUUGGAAAUUACAUACAAAAACAUCAAUGGGUCCGUCAUUAUGGUUGCCACAUUUGAUUGAUGGUAGAUCCAGAGACAGGCCAAUUAAGAAAAAAAGGGGCAUCAAUAAAAUAUACCAUGCCUAAAAUACGCCUAAAUAUAUACAUUUAAUGUACCUGUAACAAGUCAAUAAAUCGUGUUUUAUCUUUUGGCGUACAAAAAACAUUGCAGUUGUUUUUUUAAAUAGUAUUAAUUUCACGACGACCCGGUGAAUAAUUCCCUGAACCUGUAGACCAUAGAUUUAUAAUAUUUAUAACCAGAGUAUCCGAGUGAAAUCCGGAAAAAAAAACACGUCUCUAUUCGUCCAUAUUAAAAUAAUUAUUUCAACUUCAUAUUUGUCAGUUUUUUCAAAAGAGGCUGCUGCUUCAUUGUGAUAGCGAUAGGGACGGAGGGACCAUAGAUAAGACAUUUUUUUUAUAGUAAAUAUUAGGCAAUUAAGUAAUACUAUAGUAGCACAGCUUACAGAUUUCAAUUGUGACAAGUACUGGAUAGUGGAUAGUAGGUACAUUAAAACAUAGUAUUAUGUAUAUAUGUAUAAAAAUUAUGAAAAUAUAUUUUUUUUAAUUCAAUUUUUGAGUUAGUUGACAAUGACAUCGUAGUUAACUGCAGUUGAGAUAAAUAAAGUAUUAUCAAAAUUCUAAGUUACAACUCUAUUCUAUGAUAAUAAAUUAAUAACAUGGGUACUCAGAAUUCAGAUUGCGCUAGAUAAUUGUGACGUAAAAUAAUAAGUAAAUACACAUUUUUUUUUCUAUGGUUAAAAAUAUCAAGUUUAAUAACGUGAAAAAAUACAAUUUUAAAAUAAAUAGUUAGCUUACCAAAAUGAAAGGCACUUGUAUAGUUAACUCAAUGAAUGCGUCGAGUCUAAUGGAAUUCGUCGACAAAACCGUCUUGGUUCGAACAAAACAACAAUAUGAAUCAAAAGGCGUUGUUCACACAAUUGACCCGGUGACGAAAAGGUAUGUAUAUGAUUAUAAAUAUUUUUAUUCUAUUCAAAUUUUUUUUUAUCAUAUAUAUUAUCUAAAUCCCUUUAACAUACAGUUUGAUAGUCAAAUAAUUUAUUUUAGCAAUUAAACUACAUGGAAAUUUAUUUUAGUGUAUUCUCAAAUUACUUAGGGCAAUAUAAACCUUUUUGUGCUAUUCUAAUCUCUAGUAAUAGCCAAUUAUUUUAAUUACUAUUCGGCUCAUUGUUAAGACUUUCACUUCUAUCAACUUAAGUGUUUACAUUACUAAACAAAAUAAUAAUAUUGUUUUAAUUGUUAACAUUACUAUUAUAUUAUUUUAAAUUGCAUGAAUUCUUUAGCAUAGGGAUUUAAUAUUACAUACAUAUUGUACGUAAUGACUAAUUGUAACAAAUAAUUUCCAUUUUUUUAAUCAUAAAAAUGUACUAACUAAAUUAGUUAAAAUCCAUAGUUCUAGCCAUUCUAUUAUACCUAGGUCCAUUAUAAAAAUAUUUUUUGGGUCAGGUUCAAGUCUGAUAAAAAAUUACAUAUUCAUUGUAAAUUUCUGUAGUGGUUUUAGUUAAAGUGGAAAUAUUUUUCAACAAACCUAGUAUUCAAUUCCUUGUUUUUAUGAUGUAGAAAAUAAUUGUUCAUGACUAUUAAUAAUAUAUUUUUGGUUACUUUUAAUUUCCUAAGAGAAAUUAUAUACGCUCUAACCUAUAUAAUUUUUUAUCGGUGAGAUCUUUGUCAGUUAAAUUGCUCAAAUGCCAUAGUAUUUGUAUUAUUUAUAUAAUUUUUACAUUAGAACGUAAUUUUUUAAAUACUAAUAUUUAAUUUGAAUAUAUACUUUUAAAAACUGAAAAUGUUGCAAUUUCAAAGAAUUAUAUAUUCAAAAAAUAAAUUGUGCUCAUAAGGGGGUAUCAUUAAAAAUAGGUUGAAUAUAUAUAUAUAUUUUUUUUGUUUUUAUUGAAAAUUAGAAAAAUGUAAAAGGUAAUUUAUUUAAGUUCUCUGUAGGAAAAAAUUAUAGCCUGAAGUUUAUAUCUCAAUUUAAAAAUUUACUGAGCAGCUUACUUUGUUUUAUUAGUGAGGUAAAGUAAUUUACUGAUUUUAACUUAAAAAUCAAUGUUAUGUGAACUAUAGCUAAAGCUUAUAAAAAGAUACCUACUACCUUACUCUCUCUUCAUCCACCUAAUGGUCCAUUUAGAACCAUCAUUGACCUUCUACCUACCUAUUUAAAAAGUAAUUUCCUGUUAAUUAAGUCUAAUUCCUAGUUAAAUUCUAUAGUUUUCUAACAAAAUAUUAUACAUUUACACGUAACAUUGCAUAUAACGUUUGUUAUUGUUUGCAGUUUUUUAUAGAAAGUAAAGUGUUGCUCCAUUUUGUUUUCUAAUAAUGAUAUGUUAUUUACUCUUAUUUUAAUAUAUAUCUAUAAAAAAAUAUAACAUACUUUUUUUUUUUAUAAUAAUUGCUUAUUACAUAUUUAAUAAUGAACAAAUUUCCCCCAGCUAACUUGUUAUAAUAUUCUGUUUUUAUAUAAUGAAUUAAACAAAAAAAAAAAUUUCUAUAAUCAAAAUAGGUAAAAUAAUUCUAAAGAAUUUAGAUAAAAUUCAAACAGAAAUUGGGGUUGGAAGUUCAAAUCUUCUAAAGACACACUUCAACAACAAUUGUAUUUAUAUAUAAACAUUUUAACCAAGGUUUUCACUUUCAGGAGAACAAGGGUAUUUAAAACCAUAUAUUUCUUAUGAAAAUAUGAAAUCUAAACAUAAAAAAAAUGGUUGAAAAGGGGUUGAAAUUUGAAAUCAUCAAAGGCUUUUCUCGAUAAUUACACCAUGCAUGUACAAAUUCUCAUUCCCCUGGAUUCAUUAGAGCAGUGUAAGAAUGCGUAAAGCCAAAAACACAUUAUCUCUCCUAAUAAUAUGGUGAAGUAUAAUUAUCAAAUAUUUAAAAAGUAACAAAUGUAAUUAAACUUGAAACAACAUAAUUUUUAACAGUUAAAUAAAUAUUUAGAUAUUGUUUAAAAAUAUAUUUUAAUAAUCAUUCUUACUUAUUCAUUGAGUCCCUGAAUAAGUAACAACAUUUUAUCAUAAAUGUAUAAUUCUUUAUUUUCAUUUGCCUCAACAUAAAUUUUUUAAAUGAUUAUUAAAUUGUUGAUAAUAACAUCCAGUAUUAUAUUUAAUGUGGACUAUUUGAAAUUUUAAAUAAACUAGAAAAGCUUUGAAGGUAAAGACCACCUCCGCUUAAAGAAAAAGGCUGCUCCAAAAAUAUCUUCUAUUCUUAUUUUUUGGACAGGUAUAGCUUUUAUAAAUGAUUUUUUUGUUUAAAAACUUUUAUAGUAUCAUAUAAGUGAAUUUGGUUUUUACAUGCAAGUAAACUGUCUUUAAAAAAAAAAAAAAAUGGACAACUGCAGUUAAAAGUGAUAGGGUCAGAGUGGAAACAAGGAUUCAUUGGAAAACCAGUUUUUAAUUUUUAAAUUUAUUUUUUGUUCAAUACGGACACAUGCAAAGCAGUGAGGAAAAGCUAGUAUAUGUAUAUAAUUAAUCAUAUUCAUACAUUAAUAAUACAUAAUUCAAACACAAUUGAGUUAUUGGAAAAAAAAGUCCUGGGAAAAGAAACUUUUAAGAAAACUGUUUCCCUAGAGUAUUCGUGAAACUUUUGAAUGGUUUUUGCUACUAAAAAAGGAAUAAGAGACUAAAAAAUACCAAUGAUAAUACAACUGAUAUAUUAAUAAGUUACUUACAUUUAAUAAGUAAGAGGAAAAAAACCCCGUUAUAAAUUACUGCGUAUUACAUACAUUUAAAAAAGUUCAAUAAAUAAUUAAUUAAUAAUUAUAUUUUUCAAUUUGCAAAUAGAUUCAUUAUUAUUUUUUGAAUAUAUAUAUAAAUUUGUAACUGAUUUUUUCCUAAUUUUUUUUACCGGGGCUUUUAUCUCUCAAUUCACUGAUUGUUAUAUCAAUAAUAAAUUAAAAAUUGAAUACAGAACUUAUUCUGUGUUAACAUUACUGAACAUAUAAAUCUUACUAAUUACUAUAUAUUUUAAUAAUUCUAGGGAAAAGGUAAUAUUUUACAGACAUGUUAAACCUGAUUUGUAUAAAUAAUAAACUGUGAUGAUGUACUCAUAACAUAUUGUUUAGUUACAAUCUUUUAUUCUACUAAUAUUAUAAACAAAUAGUUUUAAAAUGUACUUAUUGAAUUAGUAUUUAAUAUGGGUAGAUGUGUUUGAAAAUAUUUAAAAUUCUACUCAAAUUUUUUUUUUUUUUUUUUUUUUUCAGCGUGUAGGAUUUGAGCAUAAGUAUUAUCUAAAUGUAAAUAGUAAAUAAAUAGUAAUAAAUAACCACUAUUAUUCUAACACAACAUUGUGGUAUUUUAGAUUUACUUAUUAAUACUAAUAAUUUACAAACAUCAAACUUGAAUAAAUGUUGUGAUUUUUAUAUCUAUAGUUUAACUAAAUAUAAAAUUACACCCAGUUGUGACACUACCCUUACUCUAUUUUUUUUUUAAAUUUUAAUCAUUUAGUAGAUUUCAUCAACAGUUCUUUUCAAAUUUUACUGCUUCACAAACAAUUUUGAUUUUUAGAUCUGUAUGUAAUGUUAGGUUACAUAUAAAAAUAUAACCUGAAGAAUAUAUUUAUAAAACAAUUGAACACUUAUUUGCCCUUAAUAAAUAUUGAUAGGUAUGUAGUUAAUUGUUUAAUUAUCUUACUGAGUUUAAUAUAAACACCACUAACCUGUGAGUUUGAAAUGAAAAACCUAUUAUAUCACAUUAUAUAUAUAUAGCUUACAAUUUAUAUUUUUAAUCAUUUUUAUAUUUAUUUAUUAUUUUAUCAAUACGUUUUAAGUGGCUAUUAAACUAAUAAUAAUACGCUUAAAUGUCAUAAAAGAUUGAAGAUCAAAGUAUGUUAUUACUCAUUAUGGACUUAUAUGGAUUAAUUAAAUAAAGUAAAAAUUAUGGAUUUUGAUCAACUCUUGGUUCAUUUUUAAACUACUUAAUUAUUUAAUUAUAGAAUUUGACAUAAAUAUGGAAAUAACUGUGAAGUUUUAAUUAUAUACUAUUGUAUAGGCAAUAGUACAUACUAUUUAUUGUUAGUAGUACCUUUUAGUAUUUAUAAUCAUCAAUAUGAUAUUUUACUUAUUUAUUGCUAUUUACAAUUUUACUAUUUACUAUUACUAUUUUUCCAGUGUUGUACUACUAAACAAUGGACGAUUUGAAAUAAUUUCUGGAAUCAAUAUUGUAAGUGUACAUGUUGAAGAUUCAUAGAUGACAGCUAUAAACGUACAAUCUAACAUUUAUUUAAAAACUACUUAUUGUCAUGUAUUUAUCAUUUAUUUAAAUGUGUUUAUUAAAUAAAAUUUAUUAUAAUGUGUAUUUACACAUUAUAAAAUGUAAUAUUAUAAUUAAUAAUAUCUAAUAAAAUUAAAAUUAAAAAAGAUUGUAUUUAAUCUUUUAGAUUUUUAAUUAUUAAAUUUAAAUGUAUAUACUAUAAUGCACAAAUAUUUCCAGCAUGUAUAUUUAGUAUAAAAUAGACUAUCCAUUAAAUCAUAUCUAAGCAUAAUUUAUUUGAUACCUAAAGUUAUUAUCAUCAUUAUAUUAUUAUGCAUUUAUUUAAGUAUAUUAAAUUGAGAAUUAUACUACAUGUUUCUUGAGUACCUUACUACAGAGUACCUACUUGAGUAUUAGUUUUUCUGUACUAAUUUAUAUAGAUAAAGAUAUAAUUAUUUUAAAAAUUUUAAAUAUACAUUUAAAUUUUAUUUAUUUUAUUUACCUUUAAGUAUUUGUCUAUGCAACAAUUCUUUUAUGUAUUA